AUGGCUGAGUUGAAUUUGGGGAAGGGGCUGACCGCAGGGAAAGUGGCCAGCAACGUUCAGAAAAAACUAACGAGAGCCCAAGAAAAGGUUCUUCAGAAGCUUGGCAAAGCCGAUGAGACCAAAGAUGUUGCUUUUGAGGAGGAAGUGAUCAACUUCAACAAACAAUAUACCGAAGGCAGCAAACUGCAAAGGGACCUUAGGGCAUACCUGGAGGCAGUGAAAGCCAUGCACGAGUCCUCCAAGAACGUGCAGUCAUGUUUGGCUGACAUGUAUGAACCGGAGUGGUCUGGCAAGAAUGAGGUGGAUUCCAUUGUGGAGGACUGUGAUGUGCUGUGGACUGACUACCACCAAAAGUUGGUUUCUAAUUCUCUCAUCUCCAUGGAUACUUACCUGGGCCAGUUCCCUGAUAUCAAGUCACGUAUAGCUAAGAGGGACAGGAAGCUGGUCGAUUACGACAGUGCCAGGCACAACUAUGCCACCACGCACAAGACCAAGAAAAAGGACGGGGGCAUUAAAAUUACCAAGCCCUCCUCUUUGUUGGAGAGAGCCACCCCAGGCUGGGCUCAGGGUAUAUUGUCCGCACACAAUGUUGCCCAGAGCAGUCUGUCCAGAAACCAGGCUGAGGAUGAGUUGGACAGAGCCCAGAAGGUGUUUGAGGAGAUUAAUAUUGACUUGCAAGAGGAAUUACCUUCACUCUGGAACAGUCGUGUUGGGUUUUACGUCAGCACCUUCCAGAGUUUGGCUGGUUUUGAGGAGAAGUUUCACAAGGAAAUUGGCCGGUUGGAUCAGGAUUUGUAUGACGUCUUGGAGAAAUUGGAGGGUACAGACAUGCAAAAAACAGGUACCUGCGGCGCCUCAUCGUCAGGAGCAAAUAGGAGUGUAAAAGAAGCAUCUAACCACACUCUCAGGCCAGGAGGACCACCACCAAUCCCCAAAUCUCCAUCCAAGCUCAGGCCUGCAAUGCCUCCUCCACCCAAGGUGACCCCAUGUAAGGAGAUGAAAACUGAGAACAUCAUCAGCCUGUUUGAUGCUGCAGCUACUCCUGAUAUCAACGUCACCUCCCCUACAGAGCCUGCAAACUGGGACUCAUGGCAUGAGGACAGUGAUGCACAGGAAGAGGAGACCAAGCAGAAUUAUGACCCCGUGGCUGCUGCCACAGACGCCUGGGGUGAUGAUGGUUCACAGCCGAUCCGCUAUGACCCCAUAGCAGCUGCCACAGAGGGCUGGGGGGAUGACGGAACCCUACCGGCUCGCUAUGACCCUGUGGCUCCGGCUCAGGAGGGAGGGGGGGAUGAUGAGGACCAGCAGGUUCAUUGCGAUCCCGAGGCUGAAGCCCAGGAGGACAGGGGCGAUGAUUGUGACCAGCUGGUCACAGAGGUGCCUACCCCCGAGGAUGAAACACCUGCAGCUGAGGCUCCAGCUGAAGUCGCUGAGGAAGACACCACACCAGCUGCUGCUACGUUGGAUGAUGAAGAGGGUCAGGGUGAGUCUGCAGCAGCUGCUGCAGCACCCGAGGAAGAAGCAUUAACAGAGGAGACGCCUGAAGUAGCAAAAGAAUCAACAGAGGUAGUAGCAUCAGAUCCCGAAGAAAUGCCUGCUGGCUUCUUGUUCAAGCUCCAGGUGAUGCAUGAUUAUGCUGCCAACGACACAGACGAACUGGAGAUGAAGACCGGUGAUGUGGUGCUGGUAAUCAAGUUUGACAACCCUGACGAACAGGAUGAUGGCUGGCUGAUGGGAAUGACGCAGGAUGACUGGCUGCAAAAUAAAGAAAAUGCCGCCAAAGGAGUAUUCCCAGAGAACUUCACCCAGAGGCUGUGA